AUGACCGAGACUUUGUGCGAUACCUGCAAGCAAUUUGCAAAAGACUUUGCUGAGAUUGACAUUAAAGAGUCGAUUCCCAGCCGCACAAUCGCACCGAAUAUCUACAAACUCAAAGAAUCAGUGCACAACGGCUGUCCUCUUUGCCAAAUCAUAUACCAGUCCUUUUGUUAUCAAAUUUCAAAAUGCAAUUGGACUGAGACAUUGGCUAUCCAUCUUUCGGCAUAUAAGGUUCUCCGUCAUUACAAAAAGGUUAUAGCUGAGGGACAAGAUCCAAAAGAGCCAAAGGUUUGGUGCGGUAUUGGAACAGACAUAGACCGCAGUCGAUGGCACCCUCUGCCACUUGUUACGGACGAAGAAGAGGAAGCAGGCAUUGGGGAAAUGACCUCGCGCAAUGUAAGAUCAAUCGCAGAUUUAUCAGCGGCCGAGGGCGUUGAGAAGGCUGUUGCGUUGGCCAAAAGAUGGAUAGAAAACUGUUCAACAAGCCAUGAAAAAUGUGGUAUGCAGCCUAAGAGUUUAGACUCAACCAAGAUAAUACCGACAAGACUCAUCGAAGUUGGUUCCAAAGACGGAGCAGUUCCCCCGAAAAUAGUGACUACAAACUCCUCAUUCGAGAUCGAGUAUCUUGCUUUGAGCUAUGCAUGGGGUUCCGGUCACGAUUUCGCCAAAACUACAGCAUCUAAUUUGGUGAAGAUGACGAAGCAUCUGCCAUGGGAUGAUCUUGCAAAGACCGUACAAGACGCGAUUAUCUUUACGAGAAAGUUAGGAUAUAGGUAUCUAUGGGUCGAUGCUCUGUGCAUAUUACAGAGCGAAGGACCAGAUGACCAGCGGCACAAAGAUGACUGGUCUUAUGAGGCGGCGAGGUUCGGACAAUACUAUGGAAACGCCACCUUGACGAUCGCAGCAAGCGGUGCCAUAUCAUCCCAGCAAGGACUGUUCCUCGACAGGCCCGCACUUGAAUUCGAUCCGCAACCAGUGACGCUCACGAUCAACAAGAUCUCCGGUGGCACUACACAGCUUGAAGUUCAUCCAGCGUCCCCUUCAUGGGAGCUAAGUAUUCAGAAUGUUCCCCUUCUUACCAGAGGAUGGGCCAUACAAGAGCGAGUCCUAUCAAAAAGAAUACUCCAUUUUGGCGCCAGCUGUUUGCUGUGGGAAUGCUCUGAACUUAAAACAACAGAAGCGAACCCCAACAGCUCAGAACCCAAGCUCUAUGGUUACAGAAACGAAGAAUUUGUAUCUAUUUUUAGGAACUUGGAAAAUCAGCAGCAAGAUGAUCUUAUAACGCUAUGGUACCAAUUUGUCGAGGCUUAUUCUGGGACAAACUUCUCUUUCUAUAGAGAUAAGCUCCCUGCACUCUCCGGUAUCGCGAAAAGAAUCCAAAGCCGUUUUCCACAAGAUUACAUAGCAGGCAUAUGGGAGUCUUCUAUUCCUCAAGGACUGCUUUGGAUAGGCUGGGGAGGGCAAGAGCCUGAAGUUGACUCAUUGCGUGGAACAAAUCGACCCUCGUGGUGUUGGGCCUCUCCUAUCCAUCCGAUCAUAUUUCUACCAAUUAUGACCUACUUCAAAGAAAAGUAUUUGACCCUUCAAGUGAAGUCGUGGUCGGUUAGGACCAACGGGCCUCAGAUAUCAGGCCAGAUACUCGAGGGGAGUGUGACUAUUUACGGUCCUGUGAAGUCGUUCAACCUCUACGAUCUGAACUUGGAUUUCGUUUUUGGUCCCGAGGCUCACGAUAGGGGAGGAAAUACAAUCAAGAGCGAAGCUACGCUUGGUAUCCGAAAGCCUGAGGACCACAUCGCAUAUUUGGAUUAUACCAACUUCUUGGGAGUCAUCAACCGGAGUUACACUUGCAUCUUGGUCGCAAAACUCCUCCCGUCAAUGUGGACUCUCGAAGAAAAGAGAAUGAUCGGUGCCGCGCUAAUCCUGGAGGUUACUGACCAUGUUGGAGCUGCCAGUCAGUAUAAGCGAAUUGGUGUGCUUUGUCUUCCGUAUGAACAAUACUGGGCCAACGUUCAGGACAGUAAGACGGUUGAGCUUGUCUAG